GCAACGUAUAAAUGGCCUCGAAACGGCACUUGGAGUCUCUGGACCCCGUGAUUUUCAACAAGCUACCUCGGCUGGAGACGGAGCCCACCGCCGGCUUCCCCGCCAGCCUCUGCAAAUCCAGCCCUGUGCCCAACCCCGGCUCCGAAAACCAGUUCAACUACAAGGGCUCCUACUUUGCCUGCCCCCAGCCCAUGCCGGCGGAGGGGCCGCUGGUGAGCUGCCUGCUGUACCGACCCGAGAGCCUGGGGACGGGGCUGCAGCCCCCGGGUGCCGAGAAAGGCAAGGACAGCCUGAUGCGGGAGCUGUUGAUGACGAGGGAGAAGUGGACCAGCCCGCCGCCGGCUCCGGGACACCCCUUCCCGGUGAAGAAGCCAGUGGCGGUGAACAAGGCGGCCCCCCUGGCUGUCCCCAAGCCGGUGUACAGAGCCCCCGCGUGCUUCGUGGACCCCAGGAUGGCUCUGCCGCUGGGACCCCGGGCAGAGAGCCUGCAGCAGAGACCGGGGGAUGUAGACUGGGCUCUGCCCGCCGCCGCCCCUGCCAGCCUCCCUCUCCACCCCGGCGAGCCCCGCGGCAGCACCGGGCUGCGCAAGAGGGGUGCCCACUCCGACCCCAGCCUCCCACCUCUGCACCCCAGCCUGGCGCUGCCCACCAAGGAGGAGGGCCCCCCCGGCACCCCCUUCCUGGAAGCUAGCUGCCCCGCCGCCCACAGCCAGAGGAAGGUGCCUGAGGUCCCCAGCCUCAGCCCGGACCCCUGGCCCAAGCUCCAGCCGCCCACCGCCAGCCCGGCGUACCGGGAGAGGCCGCCGGUGUGCUACCCGCACACCCACUACCCGCUGCCCCUCCAUAAAGCUGCCCUCCUCUACCACCCUCCGGCUCCCACCGUGGAGGCACAGCCCAGCGCCGUGCCCAGCGCCUACAAAGGCUUCGGCUUUGUGGGAAGCGGGGAGCCUUUUCCCAGCUCUUAUCUUAAGCCCCAAGCCCCGAGGAGCUACUUUCCCAGCCCCUUGGACACCUACGUGCCGAGGGCAGCCAGCGCCGGCGCGGUGGCAUCGCCGCCCGCCAAGUCAGCGGCGCUACCGAGGGAUGCCGGGCCGCCGCGGCGAGCCAGCUGCUUGCCGAGCCCCGGCUUUGCCUUCAGCCCCAGCGACACGGCCGUAUUCGGCACCUCCUUUGCCAGCACGGAGCUGGGCUGCGAGCAGCACCGGGCGGAAAGUCCCCGGCGGCGAGCGGCGGCGAGGCACAACAGUGCUUUCCAACCUGUCUGCGCCCCAGAGAAUGUGUCCGGGGGCUCCGGUGGGCUCGCAGAGACGUUUCCCAAAGGAGAAGGGGGCUGGGUGAAACCCAGCCAGAGGGAGCAGGAGCCCCCUUACCCGGGGAGGAGGAGGGCCAGCCCGGUCCCCCAGGAGACCCCCCGCGGGGGACCACCGGCUCCCGUUAUCAUCGGGAAGGGAGAUGCCUGCAAGGUCAAGGAUGCAGCCAAGGAGCUUGUCCCCACUUCUCCGUCCGCCUCCACCCCGGAGGGGCUGAAAGACCCGAGGGACGGUGAGGUUUCUCCUUCCUCCCCACCCAUGCCAGUGAUCAACAACGUCUUCAGCCUGGCACCUUACCGAGACUACCUGGAGGGGACCGAGGACUCAGCCCAGGUCCCCUUCUGCAGGGAGCAUCUGCGGGGGGACACCCCACCCCAAAACAUGGGGGGCAGCCGGGAGCCCGCUGCCCUCGGAGACACGGGCAGCACUGUGGUCCAGAGCCAAGGGGAAAGCUGUUACAGAAGGGUCCCUGGAAAGCCAAAGCUUGUGCCCCGAGACCCGGGGUCUCAGGAGGGCAGCCCUGGUGGGGGAGGGAGCGGGGAGCCGGCCCCUGAGGACGUGGUGCUGGACCUCAGCUUGAAGAAGAGACUGGUGAAAGCUGGGGAGACCCGGGCGCCCAUCGGCCGCGUGGAGGGGACGCCGGACAGGGAGGAUCCCCGGGCACUGCCCUUACUGCUUGAGGUGGGCUCUGGGGACAAGAGCAACUUCCAGAGCUCGGCCACCUUCAUGUUCAAAAAAUACAAGAUCCUGCGCUCCCUCCCGCCCAGCACCGUGCCCCCCCGGCAGGCCGGCAGCCCCCGCGCCCCCCAGCCCAGCCCACCGCCCCCGGCCCCUCCAGCAGCAUCCCCACACCGCCGCCACGGACCCCCCCGCCUCCCCGGAGCUCGCCUGGACCUGCAGCAGCCCCCGCUGCCCGAAGCCCCCCGUGCGCCGGGAGAGGAGGGCAUCUCGCUGCCCGGGCAGUGCGAGGCCCCUGCCUCGCAGACCUCCGCCGGCCAGUAUUUCACCACCCUGCACACCUGGCUCUGCGACGUUAUUUCGUGCUCAGUGUCCCGGUCCUCCCCGGAGCUCCUGCGGGAGUGGUUGAAGAAGGCAGAGCCGGCGGAGGAGCUCGGAGAGAUGCCCAUCCCCCCCAAGCCCAAGAACGGCUCCAGGAUCCCCGAACCUCAGAAGCCCACCAAAGGCAAGGAGAUCUGGCUGGCUUUCCAGGACGUGGCCACUCUCCUCACCAACCUGCUCUCUCAGCUGGAGACCUUCAUGUUCGCUCGCAAGUGUCCUUUCCCCCACGUAGUGCGGGCAGGGGCUGUCUUCAUCCCCAUCCACGUGGUGAAGGAGAAGCUCUUCCCCAAGCUCCCCGGGGCCUCCGUUGACCAAGUGCUGCAGGAGCACAAGGUGGAGCUGCGCCCCACCACGCUCUCGGAGGAGAGGCACUUGAGGGACCUGGAGCUGAAGAGCUGCACCUCGCGCAUGCUGAAACUCCUGGCGCUCAAGCAGCUCCCCGACAUCUACCCGGACCUGCUGAACCUCCACUGGCACGACUCCAUCAGGCAGCAGCUCGGUUCAGGCUUGCAGGCUGGCCAGCAUCCCUCCAAGUAGCCCUGGCGUGGAGGCACUGCAAGCUGACGGCAAAGCGAUAGCCACGGAUAGCACGAAGAAAAAGGAGGCACUAAGGAAUGUGUCAAGGGCACCAGCCGAGCCGCCCGCCCGCAAGGACAGGAAAGGGAAGGUCCCCCUCGUCCCCUGAGCGGGGUCCCCUCCCGGCAGCGGCACGGAUGCCGAGACGAAGCAGGCGCUCACAAGCAGACCUGCAGGGAGAUGCUCGGCUCCCACCGGCGGGACGGCUGCGCCUGAGGAUGGGGACAGGUCCUCCCGGGGUGCUGGUGCCUGGAGGCCACCGGCACCGCAGGGACCCUCCGAGGACGAUGCUCGGGGUGGAGAACAGCGGCAGGGACGCCCGGCCCAGAGAUGCUCCGGGGCCACGAGCAGGGAUGGCUGGCAUGGUACCCUGGCCCGCGGGGAUGGGCUCGAGUGCCUCACGGCAGCUGGAGCUGCAUUUCUUUUAAUGCAUCAUCUUUUAGUGCGUCUCCCAUCUCCAUCCACAACCGGCCAGGCUGCAGCCAGUGAACUGGGAGGGAAUGGCUGGAGUUCCAGUGGAGCUGGAGGGCUGGAGCAGCGUUUGUACCCACAAGAGGAGCAUGGAAAUGGUCACACCACCGUCCCCAGCCUUGGAGAAAGGCUGGCUACUGCAGGGAUGAUUUACCACGUCCCCUCCUCUCUCCUCUAACUCACCUCUCCUGCUUUAUACACACCGUUCCCAAUAAAUGUACCUUCCUCCUGGUUUUUAAUCUUUAAAGUGCUACAAAGACUUAACACAACAUUAAGGGUCAAGGGAAUCGCAACUUCUGUAGUUACAGGACUGAUUUUUUUGCUCUUUUAAAUGAAGACAUUUUUAAAAUGUUGCAAAUUUACCUUUAUAAGGAGCUGCUGCCUUCAGGUUUUGUGGGGUUUUUUUUAAAAAAUAUAGUAAUUUAUACCUGUCUUAUUUAAACUCACGGCUUCACCUGCUUACUGUGCUGGACCAAGCCGGCAGGAGCAACGCUGUUCGGGCUGAGAGUUUCAGUCCUGA